AUGGCUGCAGCGGCACCAUCGCCGCAGCCGAAGGAGUGGUCGAGCACGAAGACUACUUAUUUUUUUACCUUCGGUGACUCUUAUUCGCAAAGUGAUUUUGAUGUUACGGGCGUGCAGCCAUCGCCUUCAGACCCAAUGGGUAAUCCGGCAUUGGGAACUGGAACAACAGGCGGCGGACUCAACUGGAUUGAGGACCUGGUAACAGUAGACAACUCCUCUCUGAUCCUCGGCUACAACCUCGCUGUAGGAGGCGCAACCAUCGACAACCACAUCAUCAACGCUACCGUCGAAGAUAUGGCGACGCAAGUGGACAGUUUCCAAACCUAUUAUGCCAGCAAGCCCGCCUCCGCGCCAUGGUCUUCGAACGAUGUCGUUUUUGGAUUCUGGAUUGGGAUCAAUGAUGUCGGCCGGGCAUUCUCAAGCUAUAACGCAAGCGACAUGGUGCCCGUCUUGAUUAACAAAUACCAAUCUCUGGCAGAGGAAAUCUACUCUGAUGGCGGACGCAAGUUCUUGUUUCUUAAUGUCCCGCCUACGAGCCGGUCCCCAUUAUUCCUUGACCAGGGGUCGGACGUGGUGGAAGCGCACGCGGCAUGGUUGAAGGUGUUUAAUGAUGCGCUCAGCUCGAUGGUCAAAAAUUUUGGAGCGAAGCACCAAGAUGCAACACCAAUCCUCUACGACUCGUGGUCCUUUAUGACAAAUGUCCUCGACCGCCCCAAUGCAUAUGGGUACCCGAAUGCAACCUGUAUCAAUGACGAUGGUGUCAGCUGUGUUUGGUGGAAUAACUAUCAUCCAGGCCAGAAGUAUCAUAAGCUGCAAGCUGCUGAUAUGAAGAAGUAUCUUCAUCCCUUUGGGGCGUGGUAA